CAAGCGACCAGCGCGCAGCGCGCGCUCGACGUGUGGCCGGGCCGCGGAGUCAUUUGGCAGCCGGCCGCAGCUCUCGUUGAAGCUGACCGGGUCGUGGGAAGCGGACGUGGACUCCUUGCGUGACAACAGACAGCGUCGCUACGGCAAGACUUGACUCCAGUUCCAAGUUCAGCCAUCGAGUAGAGUCCGUCCCGUCGCUGGUGUUUGCAGCCAUGACCAACUCUCCGUGGGCUCAACCAGUCUUCAUGCAAGGCGCUGGCAGCACUGACAUCAAGAUGGAAGCCAUCCUGGCCAAACUUCUCGUCGCGGACAACGAAGUUAUUCAGAAAGGUACCGCAGAACUGCGAGAAGCAUUCCAGAAACCAGGUGUCAUCCUAGAGUUGUGCAACGUAGUUGUAUCAUCCACGGACCCCCAGAUCAGGCAAUAUGCUGCAGUCUUGCUACGUAAGAGGCUCUCGAAGUCGAAACACUGGGCCAAGCUCUCGCCGGAGGAGAAAAAUGCUGUCAAACAGGGUAUUCUCCCAGCGCUUGUCAACGAAUCUGAAAAAUCUGUCAGGAACAGCAUUGCCCAAUUCAUUGGCUCGAUCAUGAAGCAUGAGCUUCAUAACAACUCAUGGCCUGAGUUGCUGCUGUUUGUUCAGCAGUUAAAUACAAGUCAAAAUUUGCAGGAAAGAGAGCUGGGGAUGAGUACCUUAGAUGUUUUUACUGAAGUAGCGCCGAAACAGUUUUUGGCCCAAUCAGCCGCUCUGUGUCAAUUGAUUGGUGCCACAUUGAAGAGUGCAGGAGAACAAGACCUGGCCUCUCCGAUCGUCUAUCAUGCCUUUAGGACUCUUACCAAUAUGACAGUUGUUGCUGACCAAGAUCAACCUCUAAUCAAUAUGUUCAAUGAGGCAAUUCCCCUCUCUUUGCAAGUUGUAGCUGCUCUUGCUCAAGUUGAUGAAUCUAAAGCUGUGAAGGUGAUGGAGUUUAUUGAUGGGCUACUUGACUGUGUCAUCCAAGUAGUUUUACCUCAUGUGAAAACCAUAGUUACAACAUGCCUUCAGAUUGCUAAAGUAACAACCAUCGGCGAUGAAAUUCGUAUUAAAGCUUUGAGCUUCAUUGGCGAGAUUGUUUCAAGAAAGAAAAAGGUCAUCAUUAAAAAUAAUUUAAUGAAGCCUAUCAUUGACGUUCUCUUUGAGUUGAUGAGCACUCCACCAGAAGAUGACGAGCAGGAAGAGUACUUUGUUGAUGAUGAUGACGAAGAGACACCCACAACAGUUGCCAAUCAAACCUUGGACAUGUUAGCACUUCACUUACCUCCUGAGAAAUUCCUUCCUCACAUUCUGGAACAUGUGGAGCCUGCUCUCACUGGAACCAGCUUGUAUGCGAAAAAAGCGGCUUAUCUUGCCAUGGCUGUUCUUGUUGAGGGUUGCAGUGAAUACAUCCGCAACAAAUACAUUGAGCAGUUCUUGAAGUGUGUUUGCACAGGGAUUACUGAUAAUGCAGGAGUUGUUAGAAAUGCUGCCCUCUUUGCUCUGGGUCAGUUCUCUGAACAUCUUCAGCCGGAAAUUGCUGAGUAUCAUGAGCAGCUCCUUCCAGUGCUGUUCCAGUAUUUGCAGCAGUUGUGCACCAGGAUUAAUCAGCAAGGUGAAGGUUCCAAGGAGCCUGCUGGCAUAGAUCGUAUGUUCUACGCUCUUGAGAUGUUCUGUGAGAAUUUGGGCGACAGACUGGUGCCUUACUUGCCAGUUCUUAUGGAAAGCUUGUUCGUCUCUCUGACACCUACCAACUCAGUGCAUCUACGAGAGCUUGCCAUUAGUGCUAUUGGCGCUGCAGCCAAUGCUGCGAAGGAAGAAAUGGUUCCGUAUUUCCCAAGAAUUAUGGAAAAUUUGAAAAUGUACCUAGUGGAAGAGCAGCCAACAGAAACCUUGUGCUUACAAAUUCAAGCUGUUGAUACCUUGGGGGUGCUGGCUAGAACUGUUGGUGAAGACACAUUUAAGGCACUUUCUCAGGAAAGCUUACAGUUGGCACUUGCUCUGCUGAAGAAGGUUGAUGAUCCUGAUUUGCGCAAGAGUGUCUAUGGGCUUCUGGCCUCCAUUAGUUCGGUCAUCAAAUCAGAAGUGGGCGUUGUUCUGCCAGAGGUAGUACAAACUAUGUUGAAUUCCAUCAAAAGUCAGGAGGGCAUUCUCACCGAAUACAAGGACGAUGAAGAGAAUGCAGCAUUCCCUGUGUACGAUGACCUCAGUGAUGAAGAUGCGGAAGAAGAUAUCGAGAACUCUGAAUCAAGUGAUGACGAUUUAGAUGUCAGCUGUUUCAAUGUUGAGAAUGCUUUUAUGGAAGAAAAAGAGGAGGCCUGUUUAGCACUUGGUGAAUUGGCAAGACAAGCUGGAAUCGCAUUCAUGCCUUACAUGGAUCAGUGUUUCGAUGAAGUUCUUAAAAUGAUUCAAUUCCCUCAUAGUGAUAUUCGGCGUGCAGCUAUUGAUGCAUUGGCCAAUUUUUGUAUUAGUUUAACAUCAAUACAAAAUGAGCAAGGCAACCAGGCUCUUCUAAAAGCACUGUCCAUUCUUGUGCCCAAGUGCUCAGAAUUGAUUCAUGCUGACCAAGAUCGUGAUGUUGUCAUGUCUGCUCUCGAUGCCUACUCUGAAAUGCUUUCCGAGUUGAAAGGCACUGUCCUAAUCGGUGAUGGACAUAGAGAGGCGAUAAUAAAUUGCAUCCGUGAUGUUUUAACAUACAAAACAGAGUGUCAAGAUGAGGAUGAAGCUGGAAAUGUCCCUGAUGAGGAUGAUGAAGAUGCAGAGCAAGAUGAGUUGUUGCUCCAAUAUGCUGGUAAUAUUGUUCCCCAACUGGGCAAAGCUAUGACUCAUGAAGAAUUCGCUCAGUACUUCAAAACUGUUCUGCCUCUGUUUUUGGCCAAGAUGAAAAAAAACAGCACUGUAGCACAGCGCUCAUUUGGAGUGGGUACGAUUGCUGAAUGCAUGGAACCACUUGGCCCAUGUGCUGGUCAUUUUAUUCCCGAGUUGCUUCCACUAGUUUUGCAAAUGUCCCAAGAUAACCAUGAGGAAGUGCGUAACAAUGCCAUUUACGGACUGGGUGAACUUGUCCUGCACGCUAAAGAAGUCACAUAUCCAUACUUCCCACAAAUCCUCCAAGUUUUGUCUGGUGCAGUUGCAAAUGAGAAGCAUCCUGGAACCUUAGACAACAUCUGUGGAGCUCUCUGCCGGAUGAUCAUUACAAAUGUCGAAGCUAUUCCCAUCAAUGAUGUCUUCCCGGUAUUUAUUCAGCAUUUGCCUCUUCGCCAAGACUUUGAAGAGAACAAGAUGGUAUUCAAGUGUUUGAGUCUUCUCUAUGAAAUGGGACAUCAAGCAUUACUGUCCCAAAUUAUCCCUGUUCUGAAAGUUACAAUGGUGGUUUUGUACAAAGCACAGCAUCCUGAUAAAGAAACUCAGGAAAGAGUGAUUGUCCUGUUGAGCAACAUCAAGAGAGACUUCCCUGCAGAGUUUAAUCAAGCUCAAAGUGAACUUACACCAAAGCAACUGGAAACCUUAAGCAAACGCCUUGCGGCUGCUUCAUCUUAAGCUUUAAAUCAUGUUCUUUUGGACAUUUUAUCUGUCCAUGUUAUUUAUUAUGUGUUAAUUUUGUUAGGAAACUGCUACCAGCAGUUGUUUUAUUACGCUUUUCUAAAUUGUUAUAAUAAAACAUCAUUUAAAAAAUUC